UCAUACCUGUCCGAGGUUGGCGUCCACCGAUGAGGGCGGAAACCUCCUCGCCCCAGGGCCACGCUCGCUCCUACAAGAUGCACUGCUUGGACAACGACAUCAACCAACACUUCCAGGAUGCCAUCGACGUCAUCCGGCAGCAUUCGGCUCAUCCCUACUACGACCCAGACUCCACGUACGGCGACCCUCUGGGCGCUCAGCACUGUCAGGUCUCCUACUGCCUGCUCGGCCCCCGCCCUGACGCGCCGGACCCCGUGUACGACUGGCACGGCACCGGUGCGCUGCAGCAGACGUGGUGUCACGUGUCGCCCGAAGUCUCCUCCAAACAAAGUGAACCCGCUCACUUGUACUCGUCCCAGCGCCUGGCGCCGCCACAGAGGAGCAACAGAGGUCGCAAGAAGCUGCGCCUGUACGAGUACCUCCACGAGGCCCUCCACGACCCCAACAUGGGCGACUCCAUCCAGUGGAGCGACAGCGAGAGCGGCACCUUCCACUUCGUGUCCAAGAACAAGGAGCGUCUGGCCGAGACUUGGGGCCAGCGCAAGGGCAACCGCAAGACCAUGACCUACCAGAAGAUGGCACGGGCACUGCGCAACUACAGUCGCACGGGCGAGAUCAUCAAGGUGCGACGCAAGCUCACCUACCAGUUCAACCCCGACGUCUUGCACAGGCUGGGCUCGGGGCGGGCGCCGCCCGGGACUCCGCCCAGCCCGGCCGCGCAAAGCUACUGCGGCCCGGCGACGCCCGACUGGCAGGGCUGGUACGGGCAGUGCCCGGCGCAAAACUACGAGCACGGCUUCAAUGCGCUUUGUUGAAGAAAUUCACAGACGUGAUGGCCUCGGCAUUUCUACUGUCUGCGCAUGGAAACGGAGACGUUCAAAAAAGGGCCAAAUACUGGGGUACCUUGAGUUGAACUUCUUGUUCGCGAUCAAAUGAACUGAACCCAUUGAAAUGAAUUGAAAUGCCAUUAAUCCGCUCCAGCCCUCAAAACACCACCACUAUUUCUUUUGUCGUCUUUCUAGUAAAGAAGAACAGCACUGUGUUGUAAGAGGUGCAUAUAAAAUGCAAAGAAAUAAACUGGUUUUAUAAAGUGACAUGCGCCUUAUAAAGGGGGUGGCCUCGUUUAUUUAUCUUAUCCACGCUCCUUGCGAGUGUUUUCAUUUUGUAUUUGUGAGUUUGACUGUUUGUUGUCAAGGGUAACACUGCAAGACAAGCCAUACAAUAAAAUCA